AUGGCAAAAAUAUUACCGUUACAUCAUUCACAUCACAAACACUCACAUCACAAUCACCCGCAUCGUAAUGCUAGCAACAACAAUAAUAACAAUAACAUUAACAGCGACAGCUCUUCAACCAACACAGAACAACGCGCUGCCGAAUCACUUGUCGCAAAACUGGAAAAUGUCGAGGAGCAAUAUGAGUCCAUUAUACAGAAUCUCCCACAGGAUUGCAGUGAAGUGCCGCGUGACAAUGCAGCCGGUCUCUUUAUGAUUUCACCAGCUGGCCAGCAGCGACCGCGCAUGGUACAUUGCACCGCAGAUGGUUGGACCACUGUACAGCGACGCUAUGACGGCAGUGCAGAUUUUAAUCGUUCUUGGGCAGAUUACGCUGCCGGAUUUGGACAGCCAGCUGGCGAAUACUGGAUUGGCAAUGAACAGCUACAUCAUUUGACGCGCAACAAUUGCACACAAUUGCGCGUACUCAUGCAGGAUAUCUACGAUAAUGUUUGGCUAGCGCAAUACGAUCGUUUCUAUAUCUCAUCGCGCGCCGAUGGCUAUCGCCUAAACACCGCCGGCUACAGUGGUAAUGCCUCCGAUGCGCUCGACUAUCAGCAGGGCAUGCAAUUCUCAGCGAUCGAUGUGGAUCGUGACAUCUCACAGACGCACUGUGCCGCCAACUAUGAGGGUGGCUGGUGGUUCUCGCAUUGUCAGCACGCCAAUUUAAAUGGACGUUACAAUUUGGGUUUGACUUGGUUUGAUGCGGCGCGCAAUGAAUGGAUUGCCGUCAAAUCCAGUCAAAUGUUGAUCAAACGUCAGUCGGCAGAUAAGUGUAGCAGCGCGGAAGCGUCAGCCGUGGAAGUGUUGACAACGACGACGACGACGACGACAACGUCGACGGGGUUGAGGUCUUUGACUUCGUCUUCAACAUCGUCGUUGGCAGUGCCUGCUGCAGGCCAGCUAUUAGACGCAACGCAUACGGGGGCAAUGCCUGUAGCGGCGGCAGCAGCUGUCAAAGUAUUAGCGACGAAGCGGCCUGUGCGCGCGCCGUCAACGAUAGCGGCUUACGCUUUCGCGACGCGUCUGUAAAGCGUCGUCAUUUACCAAGUAUGCCAAUAAUGGAUGGAAAAAAAACGAUAAUGUGCGUACCACCCCACAGCCAUACCUGCGGUAGUUUUCGUGUGCAGUGCGUUUGUUGAUGUGUAGUAUGUAAAUAUUUGCGUUUGCGUAGCGCUCGUGUGUAGGCGCGUAUGUAUGUAUGAUUACUAAAGUAGGAGUAAACAUAUGCACAUGUUUACAGUGAACUGAUAGGAAGAAUUUUGUGUACGGCGCUGAGUUAAAUUAAACUCUGUCAAGGUUACUAAUUUUAUUAUGUUAGUAUAUAAAUAUGUCGUAUGUCCGUAUGAGGUGAGUGUGUGUGUGUGUGUGUGAUUAAUAUUUUUUUAAGUAAGUAGUUUCGUUAGUGCAGAUAUCUGCUUACAAACUCCCUUAGGCUAUAGACAGAGAUAUGAUGAAGCUCAUUAGUUUAAGUGAAAAGUGAGCUAAUUUUUCUAUGUGCAUAUACAUAUAUGCACUUAUAUGUAUGUAUGCACGUCUUUGAAUUAAAGUGUGCUUACCAAAAGUAUAUUUUAGGGUAGAAGAGAAACAUAAUUUACAUGUAUGAGUGUAAGUUGAAAAACACUAUAUUCGCCAAUAUUACACAAAAAAAUAAUACUCG